UACGCACACUGGACACAGCGUGGAUAUUAUCCUGAUGAUCCGCACAAGGAAAAUCAGGACGAAUUUUCCAUUACGACAUCCUUUGCUGGGGAGCAUUCUGGUGCCAUGCUCGGCGUCUACGAUGGGCACGGUAAACACGGACACGAUUGUGCAUCCUUUGUCAAGAAGAAAUUGCCUUCUAUUGUGGGAAAGUAUUGGCCGUACUUGGAUGCAGCGGAAUACAAAGCAUGUUGUGAAAAAGCAUUUUUGGAAUGCAACGAUUCUCUGCGGAAUACAGAUGCGGUGGACGCCAAAAUGAGUGGAACUACGGCGAUUACAGCACACUUUCACGGAAAGUUGAUGACUAUUUGUAAUGUCGGGGACAGUCGUGCAGUACUUGUGUUUCCGGAAAAUGGCAAACUCUUGGCCAUUCCACUUUCUCGUGAUCAAACGCCAUACCGUAAAGAUGAGCGUGAAAGGGUGAAAAAGUUGGGUGCAGCUGUUCUGAGCAUUGAUCAAAUGGAAGGAGUCGAAGAAAUACACGAGAAUUGGGGGGAUAUGGUGCUGGGUGAAGACGUCGAUAUUCAUGGCGAUCCACCACGUGUCUGGGUCGAAGGCAAAGACUACCCCGGUACGGCAUUCACUCGAUCACUAGGUGACUCUUUGGCAGAGGGAAUCGGUGUUACAGCACAACCAGAAAUGUUGACUAGGGAGCUCACUAUGAAUGACCAUAUAUUGAUUAUCGCGUCCGAUGGUAUCUUCGAAUUUAUUCGCAAUCAGCAUGCUAUUGAUCUUUGCGCGUCUUGCCGUAAUCCCGUUGAAGCAUGUGAACGAUUAGUGAAGGCUGCCUACGAUCAAUGGUUGACGUACGAGAAUCGGACGGAUGACAUUACUGUAAUUGUU